AUGGUUCUCACCGGACAUUGCCUCUGCAAGGCCGUCACCUACUCCAUUGACAUGGACAAGCCGCUCCUCGUCGGCUACGACCACUGUGACGACUGUCAGCGCCAGACCGGCUCGACCUACUCGCUUGUCGCCGUCGUGCUGAAGGACAAGCUCACGCUCAAGGGCCCGACCAAGAGCUGGGCCGGCCUGGGAACGUCUGGCAAGGCGGUCCACCGCAUCUUCUGCUCCGAGUGCGGUUCGCCCAUCGCCCACGACCCUGACGCAGCCCCGGCCAUCAUUGCGAUCAAGGGCGGCACUCUGGACUCGGACAUCAAGAAGGCCCUGAAGCCGGACACCGAGAUCUGGACGGUCGGCAAGCUGCCUUUUUGCCAGGAGCACCUCGAGAAGCCGUUUGAGCACAUGCCGGAGUAA